AUGCUGAAAUCUUUGGUCCAACCGCGUAAUUUCAAGAACAACAAUUAUAACUUAUUAUCGUGUAAAAAUUCCACCGAUCAAGCCCAACCGACGAAAACACCAUGUUCAUGCUCGCAAUGGAACUGUCAUCCCCACUGCCAUCGGAAGCGAAUCCGACGGCUAGCACUGGUGGCGAGAAUCGUGUUGGGCUUCGGCUUGUUCCUCUACGGGAGCGGUGUGAUCCUGUGCGACGGUGCGGCCGUUCCGUCGCCGGAUGCCAAGGGUACUGUUACGACCUUCGGGGUGCGAACGGGAUUGCCGAGAAUCGGUCUCGUUGCCGAUACGUCUCGGAUUAUCAAUCUCACGCGACAGCACGGCGGUGAUCUGUUUUAUACAUUUGAAACCUCAAAAUGUGAUACAGAUACCUGCGUCGGUUUGUCCAGCGGAACGGCAAGUCUUUCCCCUGCUGCAGCAAGUGAACCCCCAAACAGCAUAAAGGAAAUCGAUAUGUCAUCCGCCCUGGGAACCGAAUGCAAGUGCCAGUGUCUCUCGCAUCUGACCACUUACCGCGAAGAUCUCGGCAUCUGCGUGGACGACGUGAGAGAAUGCACCCUAGCACCCUUCAUCAGUGGAUCCACAUCGGAGAAGAUCCCGUUCGUGUUCUUGCCGCACCGUGGCCAGAUCGUCUAUCCGAGCAAAGAGAUCGGCUUCCCUGGUAUCAAGAUGCCGAUGUGCGCCGUCUCCGGCUCCCAGUACCUGACCAGUAUGGGCUGGGCCGAGCUGCGAAAUCCGAUCGACACGGACGUACCGUUUCGGUUGUUCCGCGACGAGGGUCGCAUCUAUCUGCAGUGGCUCGGCGAAACGGACCUCCGCCAGCGGAUGCAGGGCCGGCUGAUACUGGUGCACCUGAUGUGCCGGGACAUGACGCCGCAGCUGAUGCUGAAGGACGGCCAGACGCGAAGCUUCGACGAUGUCCACCCGAACCAAAAUAUUUUCACUCCCUGCGUGGCUUUUCGUGUGGUUGGAACUCCCAUCAAAUACGUUAGCAACGUCACUGAGGUCAGCUUCUCGUCGGAGACCCACCUCGACCAAGAGUCGGGACUAACUACCAAGGAGUACAUCGUGAUCGCAAUAUGCAGCCUCUGUUUGGGAUUGAUCUAUAUAGCGUCGGUAUUCCUGUACAUCCAUAUGAAGAAACGAAAACGAGGAACGGGGGACGACGAGGACGCCAAUACAAUCAAAAAUGAUUACUCGUCCUACCAGCAGAACGAUCAGGUAACGUUCGGUGUCGGACUGGGUUCACAGGUCAAUCCUUUCCAUGGAAGCCAACAGCAGCGGCAAAACUUUGCGGGAAGGAACGGAAGUCAACGGCAACCCGGCCCGGUAGGCCAUCGCGGAAUCUCGACGCCGAUGAACGUUGGGCUGCAUACCGAAGAGAUGGGAAUCGUGAAAAACAAUCCCCUUUUGAAGCACUUCCCUAAUUUGAGUGAUAACUCCGGGUUUAUUAGUGAUAACUCCAACUCGGUGUCGGAGUUUGAAGAUGAGCGCAUGAUUGAUGCCGAGAAGAGGAUGCAAACCACCGCCAACAUUCACCAGCCAAAAAACUACUUAGGGCAUACCGACAUGGAUGGAGGACUUCACCAUCCGCAGCAACAACUUCACAGUCACCAGCAACACCAGUCCCUGCAGAGUACGGAUGGGAUGAACAACUCGAAUGGUCCCGAUACCGAGUGUUUGCCCGAGGAAAAUGUGUCCAUUGUCGAAGACAUCAGCAACGACGAAAAGCUGGAAAGUAUGAAGUCUAUCGUCAACGGAACUAUGCGCCGAAAGCUAUACUUCAAUCCGGCCUAUUUUGAGCCGCACCUUCUGGUGUCUCCUCCGCCGGCGGCGGUUGAGUUUUUGAACAAAAUCCGUGAGGUUAUCACAAUCGCCAAGUAUAAAAUGUCCGCCAAACGCUUUCAACCUUCCCUGAACAUCAUCCCGGAGGAGUUACAGCACGCGCAAGGUUCGGAGACGUACGCAGCUGCUCACACAGCACCGCCUAGUCGACGGAGCAGUUUGAUUAGUUCUCGUCGAGACAGCUCCAAGAAGAGCAUUUGCUCGGGCUGUCCAGGUUGCGAGAAGAAAGGCAACUCCGACGUUGUAGUUCCGUCAAGCAAUUGCAAGAACUGUGGUGACAAGCAAAACAGUAUUCGGAAAUGGCUGGAGGACGUGUCCUCGAAUCAUGGGGAGACGGUCAACGAUGCCGAUGUGUUCGAUGGAGGUAAGAUUAAUAACACGUCGGAAAACAUGGAUUCACUGAAAUCUGUUGACGAUCGUUCCACUUGUGAAUCGCUGCCGAUAAAUCCGGAAAUUAAGAAGGUGCCCAAGUCCAUGCGAUCCCGUCAUGGCGGCAUGCAAAGUGACAGUUCAUCAGCGUCUGAUAAUGAAACGAUCAUCGCCAACAGCGUCAAGGAACGAUCGUCAAUAACGCGUGCUCCGUCUCGUACGAAAUCGGUUCGUUCGGAUGCCAGCUCGACAGCCCCGAAGAUUGUGUCCCAUAGCCUGAAAUCGGACGUAAUGAAAACAAACAAGUACGCCUCCGAAGACGGUUCGUUACUGAAGAACAACAGUUUCGUUUAUGAUCCGCAUGAUAACCGGGGUCGAGGCGAGGAUAUCUAUAUAAGAAACAUUAACAAUUCGCUGAUCAACUUGGAAUCCAACAAAAACUACGACAAGCGUGUUUUGUACAGCAUCACCGGGAGCGAGCUUUUCAACAAUCCUCAGUUCGAGUCAUCGCCACACAUGCAGCACCGUACGCUGAACAUCAACCACCGUCACCACCAGAACCAGCAAAGCAGAAAACGCUCCAAUUCUCACAGCCGACCGGGGCCUUCCAGCAAAAGGCACAUGGAAGUGCUGGACCAGUUUGCUAGCGCAACUUCCCCGAAACUGAGAAGUCUCAACCACAUGCCGGAUAUGGUCUACGAAGCCCUCGCCAUGGAUCAGCGGAAAAAAUCCUGGAGAAGCCACGGCACUCCAAUUCCCAUUAACGAAUACCUACACGAAACCUGCGAGAGUCGGUUCAGCAGUAUGGAUCGAACGGACCGAUACCGGAAUGAAAAGUUCUUUCAUGACUUCAUAAACUCAGACGAUAGCAACACACUGGGAAACCGAUCGGGUAAAAACUCCUUCAACAAGUACCAACCGGACUCUCCCAUCUACUCGCGUAAAUCUCCGCACUACCUAAUCGUAGACUACGAGACCGAUAGCCUCGAAAGGGUAACCUCCAGAACGCAAGUAAGCUUCAACACUUCCACAACCACCAGCAGUGAUCUCAGCUCGCAGCCAUCCCCGUCGCACAGUACGGCUCUACCCCUGGAGGAAGAGGUCGAAAUUCGCAACGCCAUCUACGAUCGCGUGGAGGGGUUUAGAAAAGAUACGGACACCAUAAAAAAGGAACGCGAAUCGCACCCGAUCGACGAUGACUACGAGGACGUACCGAUGAAUUCACUGGCGGAAACCGUAAUCCAGGUGCCGACCAAGAAAGGACCUAAAAUCAAGUGCGACACUCCAUUUCAGGGUAGCAUCACCAUUGAGGUGGAACACAGUCCGGACGACUGUGAUCUCUCAACCGACAGUGAUCAAUUCGAACCGGACACGCUCGACCGUAAACCGAAGAAGCACAGCAACAUCGUCGGUCGACAUAAGAGCAACGUUUGGACACAGGAUCAUCGACCGUCCGUCAAAGAAUCCAAUCUAACCUCUCUACCGGCCGAUCUGAACAACCACUUCGUUCUAAAAAACUCCCAAUCCUUCAAGGAAACCUCCUUCGGUAGUCUGCGAGAAAUCUACGAGUCAAAAAACUUAAAAAACGCUAACCACAGCCAGAUGCACAGCUUGGAAGAAUUCGACGUACAGACGGGAAAGCUGCUCACCUUGGAGGUGCGACACUCCAAAAGACAGCGAUCAAACGACAACACGGCCAUCGCUCCGAAGCUGAUGCCGCCAGAUUUGAUACCACCGGAUAUUCCGAUAACCCGAAAUCACUACGAUCUUCCGCGCCAGCAGCUGAAGAAGGUCGAAGACUACGGCAUUUCACCGAAGAAUCUGGCCUGCUGGAAUAACGACAAGUUCUUGAAACAACCGAACGGUCCGGCACCGAAGCCGGUGCUGAACAGUAUGGAAAGUUACGAGUCCACCAAUAGUAUGACCGCAGACAGUGAUUCCACGCAGUUUACCGGUGUUUCCGAUAAUGGGCACAAUUCUCCCCGCAAGCCGAAGAAGGUUGUCAACUACAGCCAGGUGAGCAAAGCAAAUCGAAUCGAACGUUCGGCAUCGCUUGAGAAGGAAGGUUUCCGGUUGAAUGAUAGCGGUCAAGAUGGGUCGAACAUUUUGAAGAAUUUUAUGAGCUUAGGCGAGAUUAACGAGAAAAAUUUUCUCGAUCAAGUCGAUAGCAAAAUUUAUGAUCUCAAGGAAAAUUCAAAGGAUGUUAAUCGGACGAAGUUUAUCGAGGAUAUCGAUAAGAUUGAGGUUUUGUCGACUAAGACGUUGUCGAACUAUGAUUAUCCGAUAAGGAAAACCAGCUCGAGCUUGAAAUCGAAUGAACAAGAGGACACUAAAGCGCUCUAUGAUGUGAGUCCGAUUACAACCACGAAGAUCUACCGGGUGGAAAUCAAUCCGACAUCCAAUGGCAUGCAGAUUGCCAUGGGCCUUCGUGAUCGAGUUAAGAAAACGAAGGAUAUCAAGAAUGCUUGGAAGAAGUUCAUCGGGAUCGCUGCGUCUAAGUUCAACGGAAAAACAUUCGAUGGUAAGAGUGAUUCCGAUGCGGAGAAGAACUCCGAUUCGUCAGAUAUCUUGGACAAGGAUGAGGGAAUAUCUUCCCUGAUUGAUGACAACAGCGGAGCUUACGAGAGUACUCAUCACCAUCAUCAUCGGCAUCAUCAUCAUCACAAAUCAGCUGGUUUCAACGGACCACAAUCGAACGGUCGUCAAAUGGUGAUCGUCCGUCGGGAUUCACGGUCCAGUGGAAAGGACGACAGUGGAUACAUUAGUGCCGAUUCCGGUGAGUCACGGUUGAAUAACAAGAAACUCUACGAACGCUUCAACUUCACGACCAAACCGACCGAAUCGAGAAACUCGAUCCAAGAGGAAAACAAGUACGAAAUUUGCGCAAUCCCGGAGAACUCGGUAAGCACAAUCAAAAGCAGUACGUCCUCUUCCUCCGGCAGCAGUAGCCGUUCCGACAAGCAACUGACUCGACCGCGUGGUCCUCCCCCACCAUUGCCUCCACCGAACCCCCCACCUCCUCCACCUACCGCAACGAUCCCAACCAAAAAGCCACCUUCACCUUCACGUGUAAUCGAAAAACCCCAAACCAAACCUCCUCCUCCACCGACCAAUCCGGCACCGAAAAUUCCCCGCCCCGGAGAGAACUGCCUAUUCAACACGGCCGAUGCGAUCAGCGUUCGGGUGUACUCGUCGGACGACGAGAAUCUGGCCAGCAGCGAUCAGGCGUCCUGCAUUUCGGACAACAACGAAGACGACGACGACGGUACGAGCUGCGCCACCGAUGACAUCUGCGAAUCGGGAGCCGAGAGCGUCGAAACGCACUCGGUGUUCUUCAAGAAUAUCCGGGCAGCACGGCCGCCCCGGGAAGGUCGCGGAGGUGCGGUAGCGAUGGCUCACUGA